AUGCAAUUGUUUACCAUGAAACUAGUGUGGCUCCUCCUGGGGAUAAUAGCCUUCUCCCAUGCAAGAUCUAAUACCGCACAAAGGGUGCUAUCGACCUAUAUCGCUCCCACUGAGAUUUCCCCUUCGGUCUCUGUUGUUCUCAGAUCAACCUUAUUCGACUAUGUGGCCAAGGUAGCCGUAAAUGUCGUCAAUGAGAAAUUCCAGGGAUUGGAUCUCGCUGAUGUCGACACCGUCGUCAACGUUAAAGUCGUUGGCGACGUCAACAUCAUCCUAACAAAUAUCAAGCUUGUUGCCUUAAAUGCCGAUCCUGAUCUAGCCGUCAUAAGGCUCGGCGAAGGAAACGUCGCGUUGGAUAUUGAAAACGUCUUUUUCUCGCUCGAAGCCGACUACCAGUACCACCAAUUACCAUUCCCACAUGUUUCAGGAGCAGGCCAUCUAAAAGUCACUGGAUAUGAAGGCGUCGUGGCGGCCAUUCCAGUAUUCACUGAGAGUAACGGUGGCAUACAAAUGAAUAUUAUUGAUGCUGCAACGGAUUUCGCUAGAAUUGAAGUCGUAAUUACCGGCAGUGGUGCAAACUGGCUGUAUAACAUGCUGGUUGGAAUGUUUAGAGGCAACUUGAAACAAGCUGUUUGUGAUAAGAUCACAGCGUUCAUAAUGGAAACACUCCCAAACGAGGCAAACCAAGUGUUUAACGGCAUGCCUCGAGCAGUCGACAUAUUUGGAGCUCAGUUAAAUACUUCUUUCGCUGAUAAUCCAUCGAUACAACCUGAAGCUGCUAUAAUGCACCUGUACGGACUCUUCCAAUCUCCGGACUCGGAACAUUUUGAAGAGUGUCCAUACUCUGCCCAAUCUCAUACUUCAUUGGGCGAAACCAUGACAAGGGGAACCGUUCAUGUGUCGGUAGUAAAUUGUUUUGCUUGGACGCUCCACAAGCAAGGACGAAUGGUAUUUCAUUUGACACCACAGAAUUUUAGUGCCGAGUUACUGAAUACAUCUCUUUGGUCAACGUACAUUCCAGGAGUCGAAGAGAUGUUUCCAACGUGGAAGCCCAUGCUAUUAGAUAUGGACAUGACAAUAGCGCCAAUGGCAGCUAUAAAUCCUGAAGAAGGGGUCGUUAUGACUGUUAGAAAUAUAAAGAGUCGCUUCUCAGCCAUCAUGGAUGAAUCUGAUGAAGUUGGGUUGGAGUUGUUUACGCUUUCAAUCGACAUAUUACUGGGAGCUAUAGCAGCAGUCAUACCAUCAGAUCCGGAUGCGGCACUGCUAAUGCUGAAAGCGGAAUUAACAAUGGGCGAUAUCGCUGUAGAUGUCCUGCAGUCGAAUGUGGGGACGUUAGACCCUAGCAAGUUGUCUAUUCUCUUUAAGGUUAUAUUUGCUCGAGUCACGGACACGAUAACAGAGUAUCUGGACGAAAACCCAAUCGUGAUUCCCAAGAUUCCAUUAAUAUCCUUGCAAAAUGCCCAAGUGUCGUUUGCAACUGAUAUGGGGAUUUUGGAUGCAGAUCUCGUUUAUAUAGGUUAG